UUGCAUAUGAUAUAUUACUAUUUUAGAGCAACACUCAGACAAGACCUUAGAAAAAUCGAAUUAAAUUUGCACAGUAACAUAUUCCCUCACAACACAACAAUGAGUCGCAAGAGAGACAGGUCAGCUUACUUUUCCCGCCACGACGCCGCCAAGCGCCGCCUCCCCUUGCCGGAGCCCGCGGAGGAGGAGACGCCUACGAUGAGACCGGCGCCGCCGUCCGCGGUGGUCGUGAUGGGCCUCCCCCAGGACUGCUCCGUCCUCGAUCUCAAGUCCCGAUUCGAGAUCUACGGCGCCAUCUCCCGCAUCCGCAUCGACCGCGACGCCGUCGGAUACAUCACCUACCGGACCAAGGACUCCGCCGACGCUGCCAUCGCCGCCGGCCUCGACCCCACCUUCGGAAUCACCGUUAACUCUAAAAUGGUUCAGGUGUUGUGGGCAACGGACCCUCUAGCCAUGUGGAGGGAAGGAGUUGGUAAUAGCAGGAACAAAGGUUCUAUGUCAAAGCUUGUGCGUGCUGAGGUACCUUUGAGCAAGCAUGGAAGAGGUAACAGACUUGCUUCACCCAUAGGGAAUACCAAACUUAGCGAGGCUAGCUCAGGUAGCUCAGUUUUAGAAGUGUCUUUCAAGGGCAGAGAAAUUGUUGCUUAUGAUGAUAUCCUCUGACUAUGAAAAUCUGUAUUGUUAGAGGGUAGGGUGAUGGAAGAACCAAAAAAAACAGAGAACGAAGAUGACAAGGAUGAAUCAGAACAACGAGUGUGGAGUUGGGGUGCUGGAACCGAGGGUCAGUUAGGAACAAAAAUUCUUCAGGAUGAGCACUUUCCACAACUCCUUCAUCAACCCUCUCUCUCCUCCAUCUCUUCCCUUGCCUGUGGCGGCGCUCAUGUCAUUGCCUUGACCUCUGCUGGGAAGGUACUAUCAUGGGGUAGGGGCAAUUCUGGCCAACUAGGCCAUGGGUUGGUUGUGAGUAACUCUUUGUAUCCCAAGGCUGUGACAUCAUUGGAUGGCUACUUCAUAACCCAUGUCUCUGCUGGGUGGGGCCACUCUGGUUUUGUUUCAGAUAAUGGGUGUGUGUUCACUUGUGGGGAUGGCUCCUUUGGUCAACUGGGGCAUGGGGAUCAUGCCUCACACUGUUCUCCUGUCAAAGUGUCAUGCUUUGUUGAUCAGCAUGUUGAGCAGGUGGCAUGUGGCAUGCGCCAUUCCCUUGUCUUGUUAAAAGAUUGUACAGGAAAUCAAGUUUAUGGAUUUGGCUCUGGGAAGCGUGGUCAACUGGGUGUCAGCAACGAUAGGGUCAAAUCUGUUAAUGUUCCUAAAGUUGUUAGUGGGUUUGAAGGUGUUGAAAUCGCUGGAAUUGCUGCUAAUGGUGACCAUAGUGCUGCAGUAUCUGUUGAUGGGCAUGUUUACACCUGGGGAAGAGGCUUCAAGGGCUUUGAAGAUGCUCGUGUUCCUCAGUGCUUAAACUCUUCAUUGAAUUUUACCAAAGUUGCUCUGGGGUGGAACCAUGCUUUAGCUAUGAGUGGUGAGGGGGAGGUUUGUAUGCUAGGUGGAAAUCACCUUGGAGUGCUUAGUGAUCUUCAGAACAUAAGCCCAGCUAAGCAUUUACCUCUAGAUUUAAGAGAAGUCAAUUUGGAGAAAGUCCCUGGUCUUGAUGGGACGAAAAUUACUGAUAUUGCUACUGGAGCUGAGCAUUCUGUCAUUGUCACAGAGCAUGGAGAAAUAAAGACAUGGGGUUGGGGUGAGCAUGGUCAACUUGGUUUAGGGGAUACUCGCGACCGAAUCAGUCCUGUUACAGUAAGUCUUGGUUAUGAUCUGAAUGAAGCUGCAUCAGUUAUUGUUUUCUGUGGAAGUGGGUUCACGUUUGCUGUAACCAUGCCCUAGAUUGUUCUCAAACUUGAUUGAACGCUGAUUUGAUAUGCAUGUCAAAAGAAGUUGCCAUCAGCUUGGUUCUGGUUCUGAACUUCCUCCAGUGGCAAUAUAUAGCUGGUACAUGCCAAGAAAGUCUUCUGCUUCUCAAAUAUUAUUUUGGAGGCUGCAUUGUUCAGGAAAGCCAUAGGCUCCAUUGGCCCCUCACAAAUUUGAGAACUAUGAAGGGAAGUAAAUAUGGAUGAUCCUCUUAACCAAACAAAAAAUAGAUAGCUAUUCAUCUCUUUCCUGUUUAUGGACUUAUGCUAGAACAUGGCAAUGACAUUCUGAGUAUAAGUGGGUGACUGUUCGCCAUAUGAUUUUCCUUGUUACUGGAAGACUCAAAAUUUUAGUCCAUUUAAUUCUGUUAUUCUCCCAACAGAAAGUGAAAGGAAUUAUUUCGGUUUCUUAUUA